AUUCUCCAACCCUGGUCGCCAUCAAAUUUGCGGGAACACUCUAUAACUUAUCAAGCAAAAUAGGUGGCAAGAACCGGUCUCAUAUCAAUCCCUUUUACACUCUUCGGUUAGCACGGUUAUGCAGCAUUAAACAAGCAUUCGAUAUUUGUAGAUAGCAAGUCUUUCUUCUUUUUCUCCUUCUCGCUAAGCAACUUUUACACUUUUUCCGGUAUACAAACACACACACUCUUUUUUUCCUAGAACAACACCGUAUGCGAUUGCUUCAACAGCCCAGUCUCAUACAUUAAUUGAUAUCAUUAUUCAACAAUGGAAUCUUCUCUACGAAAGCGUGCCGCAAAGGCAGAUUCAAGCACAACCCAAACCACAACAAUUGAUGGAGCUAUGCCAAAUAUCGAAAAGGCCGAGAGCACGCCUGCAUCUUCACCUACACAGAUAUUAUCUCUACCAAAAAUGGCAUUGCGCGGAUUGGCAACAAGGGCAUCACAAAAUCCGAUCGAAGUAAUUGUUUCGAUUUUCAUUGUUGUAACAUUGGCAUACUUUCAACUCGUUCAUGCUCUUGCUACUUCGAACUUUUUUGAACCUUUGUCAAAAGAAGCAAGCGGCCUCGCCGCAAGAGCUUCUUCUGUCGGGCGACCGGAGCAAAGUGCGGCCGGAUCUCUGUCAGCCGCAUUUUGGGACCCAAAGCCAAGCACAUUUGCUGGCACAUCGAUCAGUCAAGGUACCGUUUUAGUACGUAAAGCAGGACAGAAGGAAUGGACACCAAUCACAACUACCGAAGAAUUGGGAGAUAUUCAAGAUGAGAACAGCAAAUCUUUACGAUUUAUCGUUGAACCUUUUGCUGUGGCAGAUGCUCAAGUGCAAGCCGCUCCAAUCUUGGGAAAUGUGGCAACGAAAUUGCAAGAGCAACUCUUGUCAUCUUCAGAAAGUGUGGCUGACAAGCAAAUUGUUCAACCAUUUGCCGUGCGCGAUACCGAUUCCGGUCUGGUUGGAUAUGGUUUUGGUCGCAUCAGCGAGUAUAGUCAAGAUCAUUGGAACGAACGUCACCAGCUCCUCUCCAAAGCGGACGAUGAGGACUUCUUGGGAUCUUUGAUCAAUGACAGCAUCUCCGAACCGCAUCAAUACAAGCAAGGCAAAAAGGCAACCCAAAAUGAUGCUGAUUUGCAACUCUUGGCCAUCUUUCCCGAUGCAGAUUUGCGGGAUUUCUUUUCAGCUCAAAACGCCUCAAAUGACGUUCGCACCGUUCGUUGGAUGGGAUAUGCAGUUUGGGCAUUGGUCAUGCGAUUCUGGGCUUUGCUCAAGAGGGCUGAUUCAGCAGAUAUCUUUGUCAUGCUUUCAGCUUAUUUGUUGAUGCAUGCAACAUUUGUCAACCUCUUUAUCUCUAUGCGUAGAUUUGGUUCGAAUUUCUGGUUGGGUGCAUCUGUUUUGACAUCUUCCAUUUGUGCAUUUUUGUGUGCUUUGACGAUGGCAUACCUCUUGGGUGUAACCGUUGAUCCAAUCUGUCUUUCAGAAGCUUUGCCGUUCCUUGUCAUUACUGUAGGCUUUGAAAAGCCAUUCUUGCUCACAAAAGCAGUAUUUUCCCACUCUGCAAUCGCACCACAAGCAACAACCCCAAACAAAGCACACCCAAGCCUUCUUCUCUCCGCACUGAACGAAUCACAACAACAUGUUGAACGUCAAAAGCAACAAGAAGCUGGAGGAGGUGCACAAAAUGAUGUCAGCACUGGAAGACGCAGCAAUGCAAGCAAAGAUGCUCACAUCACCCAAGAGGAGAGCUUCGUUCGUGCUUUGACAGCUCGGUUGAAGUCAGACUCUUCCCUCCGCUGGACUGCUCCCCAACCUGUACCAGCAAAAGAGGUAGUCGUUGCAGCUGUUGAUGCUGUUGGUAUGCAAAUCGUUCGGGAUUAUGCUAUUGAAAUUGCUGUUAUGGCCGUUGGUGCUACUUCGGGAUUAAGUGGAUUACGCGAAUUUUGUCAAUUGGCAGCUUUGAUCUUGGCAUUCGAUUGUGCUUUCUUGUUUGCAUUCUUGGUUGGUACUUUGACAAUCAUGGUAGAAGUACACCGUAUCAAAGUGAUGCGUGGUAUGAAACGUGUCGUUCCCAGUACGCCACCAAAUGUGGACUCCGAUCAUACACCAAGUUCUGACAUUUCUCCCGUUGAUGGAACAUCGUCAAAAGCAAGCUCAAGGAGAGGCUCUAGUCCGGACUCUUUGGCUGAGAGCAAGAGACCAAGACCGUUGUGGCGUAAGGCUGUGAAAUUGUUGUUAGGCAAGGUUCCGUUCGAGCCUACACGUCCAGGAGCACGGGAGAACCCGGUAGCACGAUUAAAGCUACUCUUGGUCACAACCUUUUUGACCUUGCACUCAUUGAACCUCGUCUCGACCUUGACAACUCAAUCAGCUAUCACACGACACCAUUCUACAGAUGGGCCAACUCUUUAUCAAUCUAUCCAAGAUUCCAGUAGAGUUUUACAAACUGACGCACAAUCGAGCUUGAUUGCUCCGCUGUUGAGUCAAUUGUCAAAGAGCCAAGCAACCGACAAAGAUCUCUUCGUAAAAGUAUACGAUCCUAUCACCUUCAUCGUUGCUCAUCCAUACGACUCUCCCUCGCAAAGUCAACGUAGCGUAUUCGGCGAAACAGCACUCAAUGCAUCAAACGGCGGACAAGUUGGCCCUGAUCUCACCAGCUCUUUGGGUGUGAGAUUGGGCAAUUCGCACGCCGGUAUCACACGCAGUACAAACGCAAGCGGAUCUCACUCCUUAAAUGUGCUUGACAGCUUUAUGAGCGGAUGGACAGUGAUUGUUGGCGACCCAGUCAUCAGUAAAUGGAUCUCUCUGGCUUUGGUGAUCAGCAUUUUCUUAAAUGCAUACCUCCUCAAGGGAAUUGCAACAGGCAAUGCAGCCUUGGCCGAGGGCAAUGCUGCCGGUGCUGCUGCCUUUGCCGCUGCACGCAUGAUCGGUGCCCACUUGAAUCGUCAAGAAGAUGGCGUCGUUACCGACAGUCCCCUGCAAAAACCUACGAAACCGUUGCAGAAAGAUUCAAGUGCGGACAAACUUUCCGAAUACCAUCGCAAUUUGGCAAAAGAUGCUGCUUCUCACAAUAAACCUAGUGAUAUCGUUAUCAACUCGAUCGAAAAGCCAGCCAAACGUCAAAGCACUACCGAUACUAUCCGAUCACCCUCUUCUCAAGAUGAAACCAACACUACCCCACAACAAGCUGUUAUUAGCAUCAACGGUAUUUCAACGGAUGAUUCUGGAGAAGCACGUACUCUGGAAGAAGUGAUCGAGAUCUACGCAGAGGGUGCGGGUGUUUUAAUGUUAUCUGAUGAAGAGGUGAUUUUGCUUGUGCAAAAAGGAAGAAUUGCUGGCUACUCAUUGGAGAAAUCUUUGCAGGACCACGAACGCGCAGUUCGUAUUCGUCGUGCGACCAUCUCUCGUGCAAGCACAACAAAAACAUUGGAGCAUUCACUCGUUCCACUAAAUGGGUACGAUUACGCCCAGGUUAUGGGAGCCUGCUGCGAGAAUGUCGUCGGUUUCAUGCCUUUGCCGUUGGGUAUUGCCGGUCCCUUGUUGAUCGACGGACAAAUGACACCAAUCCCGAUGGCCACAACCGAGGGAACUCUAGUCGCCUCUACCUCGCGUGGAUGCAAGGCAUUAAACGCUGCAGGUGGUGUAACAACCGUGCUCACUCAAGAUGCAAUGACCCGUGGUCCCGCAGUUGAAUUCAGCACGAUCACUCAAGCCGCAAAGGCAAAGAGAUGGAUCGAUUCACCUGAUGGAGCAGCAACGAUCAAAGAAGCUUUCGAUUCUACUUCCCGCUUUGCACGAUUGUCAUCUCUGCGUUGCGUAAUGGCAGGUCGUACGCUAUAUAUCCGAUUCGCAACUUCUACCGGUGAUGCUAUGGGUAUGAAUAUGGUUUCCAAGGGUGUGGAAAAAGCUUUGGCAUGCAUGGGAGAACGAUUUGAAAUGUCAGUAUUGAGUUUAAGCGGAAAUUACUGUAUCGACAAGAAGCCAAGUGCGAUCAACUGGAUCGAAGGAAGAGGAAAGAGCGUUUGUUGUGAAGCUGUAAUUUCUGGCAAAACUGUCAAGAGCGUCCUCAAAACAUCUGUGGAGGAUUUGGUUAACCUAAAUAUUAAGAAGAACUUGAUCGGAAGUUCAAUGGCCGCUUCUAUUGGAGGUUUCAAUGCACAUGCUGCGAAUAUUGUCGCUGCUGUCUUCUUGGCAACUGGUCAAGAUCCCGCACAAGUUGUAGAAAGUUCGAUGUGCAUGACAUUGAUGGAGGCCAUUCCAUCUAGUAGCGGAGUUGCAGGAGAAACAGAUUUGCUGGUCACAGUUUCAAUGCCUUCGAUUGAAGUGGGAACUGUGGGUGGUGGUACAAUUUUAUCUCCACAAAGAGGUUUGUUGGAAAUGUUGGGCGUGGCAGGAUCAUCAAAAGAUGUGCCGGGUGCCAAUGCACAACGGUUAGCAAGAAUCAUUGCUGCCGCUGUAAUGGCCGGAGAGUUAAGUUUAAUGGCCGCUUUGAGUGCCGGACAUUUGAUUCAAGCCCAUAUGAAGCACAACAGAAGUGUACCACCAACGCCCGGCAACGUUACACCAACCAGUUCGGGCAGUAUGAGUGGAGGAAUGUUUGGGUUAGCAUUUGCCCAAACACCAAGCUCAAGAAGUGGUUCAGAGAGCACAGGAGGAGCAGGAGCGACGAACGGACAAAGGUUUCAAAGUUCCAUGACACCCUUGGUUGCUCCACCUGUUGGAAGUGGAUCACAAUCGCGCGGUUCUCCCGUUGGAACGCUUUCGGCCAAAGAUCGAAGAAGUGCUUCUAUGGCUUGAUCUUAGCUAAGCAAGCACACAUCUAUCAUUUUACUCUUAAAAACUUGAGUUAUCCUUUGUUUCGCAUUCAAUUUGUUAUUUUAUCGUAAUUCAAUCAGUUCAACAGAAUAUUAAUUCGGUUUGCUUUAAUGGCCG